UCACGCGCGGUUUCGUAGCGUUAUAGUGUGCCUCGUAGUGCGUUCCUAUUCAAGCCAGGGGUCGAACAACCAUGUGACGAGUUAAAGAGUAUAAUUUUCGUCCCUUCCCAACGGACAAAGGAUAUAGUGAAUGUGAAGUGCUAUCAAGUGCUGACUGAUACGAUACAAACGAGAGUCAUGAAAUUGUUGGCAACGGUGGCGAUUUUGCUAGGAGUCGCGCUCCUUACAGAGGUCGGUCUGGCGAGCAUAGUAAGAUCGGCGGAUCAAAGACACAGACAAAAAAGAUCUUUGAAGAACUUUGACGAUACUGAGGAACUAUUCACAAUUCCGUUAACCUAUCGGAGCAAACAGGCCCGUCGGGCGAGUGACUCAAGUGAACAUCAAUCGUGGGCAUCGCUGUUUCAAAGUGAUCAGGCACCGAUGGAUCCAUGCCAAGAUGAGCGCGGAAACCCGCGACGUUGUAUACCCGACUUCGAGAAUGCCGCGUUCGGGCGAAAUGUAACGGCUUCUUCGACCUGCGGCAGUCCGGCUGCUAGACUCUGCCAGGUGACGCCUUCAGGUCCCGGAGUAACGGGAAGUAGUUCAGGAAUACCUGGUGUCGACGAAGAACUAGUGCGAACAUGCCAGGAGUGUGACAGCUCAACAGCAGCAACGAGCCAUCCGGCAUCACUUUUGACCGACGUCAACAAUCCCUCAAAACCAACCUGCUGGAUGUCUGAACCAUUUAAUGUAAACAGCCAACAAGAGCGUAAUGUCUCGUUAAAACUUUCGCUCGGUAAAAAAUUCGAGCUCACUUAUGUGUCAUUGCAAUUCUGUGGGUCAGGCAAGCCGGACUCAUUGGCCAUUUACAAGAGUAGCGACUACGGGGUGACCUGGCAACCAUUCCAAUUUUACUCAACGAACUGUCAGUUAAUCUACGGCCGAGCUUCACGUUCACAACGACACAUCUUGCCUGAACGUGAACAUGAACCGCUGUGCUCCGAUCCGAAUGCGGACACCAACGCCCAAAGCAAUACUCGCAUCGCGUUCUCUACUCUGGAAGGACGACCUUCCGCUUACGAGUUCGACCAGAGUCCUCUGCUGCAAGACUGGGUAACUGCCACCGACAUCCGCGUUGAUUUCCGACGACUUCUCGAUCCUAGGCAGCAAAUCCUGCCGGAUCCUCCUCGGAAGAAAAAACGUAGAACCGCCGUGUCGUCUUCUGUUUCCACUUCAUCAGUCUUGUCAUCGUCGUCCUCAUUAACUGGAAGUGGCACAAUAACCUCUGACGACGACCGAGACAAUGAACUUCUUACGGAUAACAACAACAAUCCCGCGAGCUUACCGGAAUGGAGCAAUGAAAGCCUUAGCUUAAACGCGGCGGCAUCGCCACAGGAAGCUCUCAAGCAGCAAAACAGCUAUUAUUUCUAUUCCCUUGCAGAACUCGCCAUUGGGGGCCGGUGCAAAUGUAACGGCCAUGCUUCCCGAUGUGUCAAGCGCGGUACUAGCAGUACCAGUGGAACUAGCAGUGCCGUUGCUUAUACUAAAAAGGAUUCGAAUGGAUUUUCCAUAGGCAAAAAUAACAAAAACGAUGCUGACCGUGAGCUCGAAUGUGAGUGUCGACAUAACACCGCCGGGAGGGACUGUGAAAAAUGUGCACCAUUUUACUUUGACAGGCCUUGGGCCAGAGCUACCGCGAGCGACGCAAAAGAAUGCCGACCAUGUCAAUGCUACGGCCAUUCCCGUGUGUGCCGUUUCAAUAUGGAACUAUAUAAACUGUCAGGUUUCCGAAGCGGGGGAGUCUGCGUCAAGUGUCGGCAUAAUACUGCCGGACGGCACUGCCACAACUGUCGGGAAGGGUACUACCGAGAUAGCAAUUUGCCAGCGACACAUCGAAGAGCCUGUAAAGCGUGCGAAUGCCAUCCGGUGGGAUCUCUGGGGCGCACCUGUAACAUGACGUCAGGACAAUGCCCGUGCAAAGACGGUGUCACAGGACUCACGUGUAAUCGUUGCCAGAGGGGGUAUCAACAGUCACGGUCACCGAUCGCGCCAUGCGUUCGCAUUCCUCAGUUCGAAGAACCUCCGACGAUCGUUGCCGACGGACCGGCUGAUGAUGAUUAUGAUGAUGAUGACAUUGACGAUUCGGAAGAAGACGAGGACGAAUGCCCUCGCUGCUUGCAAGAGCUGACCUUUAGUACAUUUUGCAAAAGGGAUUUUGCAAUCCGCGCGACCAUUCAGAGUCGAGAGACGUUCGGCAACUGGGCCCGAUUCUCAAUCGAAGUCAACAAGGUGUUUAAAGGUGGCCCCCAUAAGGUCCGCAGGGGAGCUCAACAUCUUUGGAUACCUUCUGCCGAUCUUAAAUGCCGAUGUCCACAUAUUAAAACGAAAUCGACAUACGUUAUUCUAGGUACGAUGCAGAUGCACGGGGGCCGAUUAAGCCCUACGGCUGACCCGGACGGCUUCGUUAAAGAGACCGAAGAGCUACUUGAGAAGACAGUCCGCAAAAUGGCACGUAGACGAAGAAGAUGCAACAGUUUUUAAAUCCAGGCCUUACUCAUACAGGGACAAGCACAUCGAAACCUGGAUUAUAUAAACCAUGUCAGGUCAUGCAAAGUGGACGCUAUUCCAAUUAUGUAAACAGAACUUACGGAUCUUUGUUUGUGGUCACUUAAGGCAGUGCCCCAUUUUCACACCUCUUUGGUGCUUACGCGGAGCUGGAGGACUUUGAUGCAUUAAAUUCUCGGCGACAACAUGCUAUGGUGGCUGAUCCGAUCAAUAAGAAAUCACUGACGGUGAAUGGUAACAGAUUAUUUACAAUUAGACUGUUAUCAUCUAGCUUGCGGUUGCCGUACAUGUCCCCUUCGUAUUGAUCACAUGUCUAUAACUACGGACUAAAUAACAGUGAGGAGCUAGAAAGCGUCUGAAGCGUUUUGAUCUGAGCUGAUGCACUACCUGCAGAUAAUAGCAGAAAUAGAAAUCUGAUAAUAGUUCAUUCAGUAUCAUGCCAGCUCCAUCACUAUUAUACCGUAUUGUAUAAUGUAUUGUAUAAUAUACACUCUAUGGCGUCCAUACUCGUGGCCAAACUUUAGAUCAAGCAAUUACGAAGUAACGAACAAUAAAUGUAAAAUAGUUUCCAUAUUUAUACGCAACAGGUGGUAAACCAGACCUGUUUGAUUGAUUGAUUGAUUGAUUGAUUGUCUAAAUUAUUUUGCUCAUACAGUUAGCAUGAGCACACGCCUCACUCACCCACCAGGAGCUGUCCUGUACCGGAACGCCAAAUAUAAGAUUUAAUUGUGUUUAAUUAGUUCCUGAAAAACAAGAAUAGACCGGAAGGGCAAUCGGUACUAACACUGUAUUCGCAAAAAGAAUACGCUGUCAAGUUUCGGUGCCCUAACGCUGCUACCAGCCAUCUCGCAGGGGCGGUAAUGUAUCUGGAAGGAAAACAGAAAACUAGCGGGCUUCUAACAACCAUUGCCGAGUAUUCCUAAGAGCAAUGCGAGCGCGGGUGAAAAGGAUGCCCGACGACGUGUAAAUAGCAUCACGUGUACAUAAUUGAACACCUGACGAACAUACACACAUUGCGUUUAAUUUAUAAGGCAUGUGAGAAGGACAAAAUAUACUAAUAAUAAAACCAUCAAUCAAUAAAUUAAU